UCUUUGAAAGCAAAAGUAUACUAUCGCAAUCGAUACGUUUAUGAGUACGUUUUUUUUUUUCGCUUUUUAAAAGUAGAAUAUUUUUGUACUACUAUUUAUAUACAUUUAUUUGAAUGAAGACUGCGACUGUUGGCUGUUAACAUUGUGACCUCAAUGGUCAUCUAAUCGAUUCUGCGCAGUUUUCUUUCAAACAAUUCAAAUUUAUGGACUUUUGUGAAGAGCAAGCAUUUAAAAUCUCUUUAAAUUGCAGUAUUUCUAUUUCUACGCUUUAGAAUAUUAGCUUGAAGAAUGUUUUAAAGUUGGACGUAUUCUGCUGAUAGCUAUAUGGUCCUCUGGACAUUUCGCAGGCAUAGAGGGUAUCAGUGAAGCAGAAGACAAUACAGGCAUAUUUUGUGCAUUUUUCGUUGCAAAGUUUUUUUCUGAAUUUCGAACUUACUGGAGAAAUAUCUGUUUAGUUGUUGCGUUUUGGAUAGUUUCCAUUCAAACUAUUUUGUGGAUUUAAUGUAUAUUUUCUGCUUCUUCAGUGUGCAUUAAAACUAUAAGAUAAUAUAGCAGAAGUUAGGUAAUAAACACUAAGUCGAUGAAUACUGUGAUGGUGGUUGGGACAGAUUAACAGCUUCAUAUAUAUAUAUACGGGAAUAUCUAUAAUUUAGUAUGCGGAUAUAGGGUAUUCAACUGAUAAAAUGUUAUUAAAUUAUACUUAAAGUAUUCGGUGAAGUGAUCUCGGUGUCCAUAAAAUAUAGAUGAAACGGGGAUGUGCGUGAUUUCAUCUUGUAGUGAUAAAACCCAGAUAAGAGUCGGGAUUUGAGAUUAACUGAUAAUAAUGAUGGGGUUGUGCCCAAAUUGAAACAUAGAUACAAAGAAGCUAGAUAUACAGAAUGACUGCUAGCUUUAUAUCUUUUGCUAAUGCAUUAUUGACGGACAAUAAAAUAUGUGCACCCCCUGCAAACACAUGUUUUGAGACGAUAUUAAUGCUGAAUAAAAUAUACCUUACAAAGGAUGGAUAUUUUAACAGAGUCACCUUCUUGGAUUUCUUUUCUGCUGUAAUUAUUUAGACUGUUUUUUUAUCGGAAUUUUGAAUGCGUUCAAGCCUUGACAGUAUGUUACUGCAAGUGAAGAAUGCCAGUGCACUCUAAACCUUUCGCUGGUCGUGCAAAGAAUGCUCCCCCGUUAGUUGGUCCAAAGCCCUAUCAGAAACCCUCGCAGAACGGACCACAACAAGCUUGGGUAACACCUGAUAGUCCUGUUUUGAGAAAUUUCACUUAUGGACCCACAAAUAACGAUGAUUCGCAAAAUAUUGCAAACGUUCAGUUUUCGGUAAUACGACGACCUGCUGAAAAGAAACCAGACAAAGUUCCGAAAUCUCCACAAGUCGUGCGUUUCGGAGCGGCAGAAAUAUUCGGCGGGGAAAAGUACGAAGAUGUAGCAUACAGACGACAAGUUAACCAACCGGAUAUAGUUGGAGAGUGUUCGUCUUCUGCAAUAAAUCAAACGACAAAGUCACGGGGCUCUUCUUCAAGUCUGAGUGGAGCUCAGGCUUUAAAGGAAUGCGAGGUGAGUGUAGAUAAUUAUGUUGUAUACAAGGACUUAGUUAGAAUCUUUAUUUGCAUGUAGCUUCUAAAAUCGCUC